CAUCGGAUUACCAGGCGAAGCAGCAGGCAGCGGGCCACCAGGCGGAGCAGCAGGCACCGGGCCACCGGGCGGAGCAGCAGGCACCGGGCCACCGGGCGGAGCAGCAGGCAUCCGGGCCACUGGGCGGAGCAGCAGGCACCGGGCCCCCGGGCGGAGCAGCAGGCACCGGGCCCCCGGCGGGGCGACAGGCACCGGGCCCCCGGGCGGGGCGACAGGCACCGGGCCCCCGGGUGGGGCGACAGGCAUCGGGCCCCCGGGCGGGGCGACAGGCGCCGGGCCCCCGGGCGGGGCGACAGGUCUCGGGCCCCCGGGCGGAGCGGCGGGCGCCGGACCCCCAGGCGGAGCGACAGGUCUCGGGCCCCCAGACGGAGCGGCAGGCGCCGGACCCUCGGGCGGAGCGACAGGUCUCGGGCCCCCAGGCGGAGCGGCGGGCGCCGGACCCCCGGGCGGAGCGACAGGUUUCGGGCCCCCAGGCGGAGCGGCGGGUGCCGGCCCCCCGGGCGGAGCGACAGGUCUCGGGCCCCCAGGCGGAGGAGCGGCGGGCGCCGGACC